AUGAUACAAUCGCGGUUACUGCUCGAUAGAAAAAAAGUUACAAUAGGUGGAGUUGAUACAAAAAGUGUUACUUUACGUAAUAUUUAUAAUAUUGGUGCAUGUUAUCUGAAUUUUGGACCGCAAUGGGUCACCGAUGAAUUGAAGGAUUUAAAGGUGCUUCAACUAGGGCGUUGGCAAGAUUCACCUUUGCAUCACAUUGAAGUUGGGAGUCAAGAAUUCUUGAGAGAGUUGAGAACUCUGAAGGAGUUGAAAUAUCUGAGUCUUCGUGGGACAUCAAACAUAUUCGAGCUUCCAUCUUCCAUUACUGGACUUGAGAGUCUAGUAAUUCUUGAUCUGAAAGCAUGUCAUAAUCUGGAAAGACUACCCGAUGAUAUUUCAUCACUGAAAAGUCUGACACAUCUGAUUAUGUCUGAGUGUUGGUUAGUGGAGGGCAUGCCAAAUGGGAUUGAGAAGCUCACUAGUCUGCAAGUCCUCAAGGGAUUUUUAAUAAGCACUUAUGAAAAGACUCCUUGCAGAAUAUGGGAUCUUGCUGAGAAUUUGACAGAACUAAAGCGACUCAGCAUACGUAUAGGAAGUGAGGCCGUGAUCAGGGAUGAAGAGUUUGAAAGUUUGGAAAAUUUUAUAACACUGAAGCAUCUGAAAAUAUCUUGGAGUGUGUCUGAUCCAAGGUAUGCUAAAAUUCCUAUCAGAUUGCCAAUAGAUUUAAUAAAGUUGCAUCUUGAAUGUUUUCCUGGAAAGAGUCUUGAAGAAUGUUUUUCAAGUGAGAAACACAUGGCAUAUGAGGUAAAUAUAACUGGAGGAAAACUAGAAAGUCUAAUUCCACUGUUUCGGACCGUGAAAAUACUGCGUCUGAGUUUGCCUUCAGAUGUUUAUACUUUCCACUGGUUUGGUUUGUGCUUAAAGCUUGUUUCGGGGUACGCGUUAGAGCAUGAUCUAGUUGUUGGAAGGCCCAAGGAUGGGAUUUCAGCAGCCGAACUAGCUAAAUCAACCCAGAUAUUACUAGUCACCCAAGUGACAGACGACGUGAUUGUGUAUUUGGACCCCACUGUUCUGGUUCUUAAUGCAAGUUUUGAUACAUUCUUAUGCCGAGGGAUCAGGUGA